AUGUCGCGCCAUACAGUCAUAGAAGAUGCACUCGUGACCUCGCAUUACGAUCUGUUCCUGCGAGUCGAUGCAGCAAUUGAAAAGAACUCAGCCUUGAGACCUCUCUUCGAGGACCUGUGCGCAUAUAUAUAUGCAUUACAAAGCGAAAUCCAGGUUGAGAAGCCACCUCUAAAGAAACGCAAACUGGAUAUAUCGAGCGAUGCGGCGAAUGGUGACACGAAGGCAGCUGAAGGCACUUGGGCCGAUAUCAACGUGGCUCCCAGCUGGAAAAUGGCAGAUGUAAGCUUCUCCAUACCACAGAGAAAGAAGCUGCACGUCGAGAUUGUCAAGAAAGACUCGAAAGCUGGAGUGAAGAAGGGAGGCAUACGGGGAGUAAAUGCAGCAAGCAACACGGUUGAGUUCGGGGCCAAUUGGGGCGAAAUUGAUCAAGUUUUCUGCCUUCCUGUGCCAGAAAAGGCCAAAAAGCAACACAACUUCGUAGUCCUACCGCGCGGUGCAGAUGGUAUAACGCCAGCAGCAGAGGGGGCGGCCGCGCCAGAACCUAUUGUAUGGACGUAUGUUGAACCGACUGGUAAGGACAUCAAGGAGGGCGAGGAUCCAGGCCCUGGGACGACGUCGAGAGCCAUCGAUCAGCAUUUGGGCCUAUACAAAAAGCAAGUCAUAUACCCAACAGAUAAAGAGUUCUCGAGCAGUAUACCCCAGCCGCACAGGAAAGGAGAGAAGGCAUACCAUGUGAAAGCUUUCAGGGGUAGCAAAGAGGGCUAUCUGUAUUUUACUUCUGUUGGAAUACUCUUUGGUUUCAAAAAACCGCUGGCAUUCUUUCCAUUUGAUAUGAUCACAUCUGUGUCAUACACAUCUGUACUCCAGAGGACAUUCAACUUGAACAUCGGAGUUACAGCUGGCGAACAGGAGCAAGAGAUCGAGUUUGCUAUGCUUGACCAAGCAGAUUUCUCGGGAAUCAAUGAAUAUGUCCAAAAGCACAGUUUGCAGGACACGAGUCUGGCAGCCACACGCAAGGCCAAGAAAUUGAACAUCAACGGCCCACCGAAAGGAGGGGAAGAGACCGAAGUGCAGGAGGACGGUGCCACCGAGUUGGCAAAGGCUGAAGCGGAGCUCCAAGACUUGGAGGACGAAGAAGAGGAAGACUACGAUCCUGGAUCGGAAGGUGACAGUGAUGGAAGUGGAUCAUCAUCUGAGGAAGAAGAUUAUGAUGAAAAUGCGGGAGGGGACGAAGAUGGUGAAGGCGCUGAUAUCAUAGCUGAAGAGCUGGGUAGUGAAGCAGAAGAAGUCGAAAUGAGCGAUGAUGAAGGGGAGUGA